CCUAGAUCAUAUAUCGCGCCCAGUCACAAUUUUUGCCUUCUCAUUUUCCAUUUAUUACAUCGAGUUUCAACUAUCUAAAUCUUCCAAAGCCGACUCAUAAUGUCAGAGAAGUCCAUUGAGUCCGUGGCCGUUGAUGCUGAGAUAGCUACUCGAGAGCCGGGACGUAGCGCAGACCGUUCUCACCCAGUCAAAUGGUAUCGCUCAACCUUCUAUAACGCCCUCAUACUGGGCGUCUGCAACUUUCUCGCACCAGGAAUAUGGGGAGCUAUGAACUCUCUCGGCGCAGGGGGCCAGCAACAGCCAUACCUCGUUAAUACUGCGAACGCGUUGACUUUCUGCCUCAUGGUACUGUCUUGCUUCUUUUCGUCCGUAGUGGUCCGCGCGAUUGGCAUCAAAUGGACGCUGAUAGUCGGCACAAUGGGUUACGCUCCCUAUGCAGCCGGUCUGUAUGCCAAUAAUCGUUUUGGCAAUGAAUGGCUCGUCAUCCUCGGUGCUGCCCUGUGCGGACUGUCCGCGGGUGUUUUUUGGAUGGCCGAAGCAGCCAUUGCCCUCUCCUACCCUGAGCCCUACAACCAGGGAAAGUUCCUCGGGUUCUGGCUCUCCUUUCGUCUUGGCGGUCAAGUCCUCGGCGGCGCCAUCAACCUAGGAUUGAAUGUCAACAAUAACAAGGCAGGCAAGGUGUCUUACAAUGUUUACCUCGCAUUUAUCGCCUUGCAGGCUCUGGGGCCCUUUGCGGGCCUGCUGUUGAAUAAGCCCUCGAAGGUCCAGCGCCGUGAUGGCAUCCCCGUCAGCCUUAAAAUCACCAAUUCAAUCUGGGACGAGAUCAAAGCCACAACCUCCCUCUUCUUCAGCCGCAACUACCUCCUCAUUGUUCCGCUGAUUGCGCAAGGUGUCUACACUGAAGCUGUGAUGUUCACCUUCCAAUCGCUCUGGUUUAGCGUGCGUGCUCGUGCCCUCGGUUCAUUCCUAUCAGGGAUCGUCGCCAUCAUCUCCGGCAACCUUCUCGGCGCCUUUCUAGACCAUAACAAGCUCUCUCUGGUCACUCGCGCGCGAGGUGCUUUUGUGAUCAUUCUCGGGCUGCAGGGCGCAUGGUGGAUCUGGGCUACCAUCCUCGUAACCGACUUCCAUCGCUCGAAUCCCACCUACGACUGGGUUGACCCGGGAUUCGGGAAAGGAUUCGCACUGUUCUUGUUCUGGGUUGCUGGCUUUCAAUUGAACUACAUGUAUCUCUACUUUGUGGUCGGAAAUCUCGCGUCUACCGAAGCGGAAGUUGUGCGGAUUGCUGGUUUACUUCGAGGAACCGAAUCGGCCGCCCAAGCCGUCAGCUACGGCCUCAACUCCAUCCCUAUCAUGGGCUCUAUAGGAAGCGUCUAUCUUAACUUUGGUCUGUGGGCCAUCGCUAUUGUACCAGCGUGGUUUGUGAUCAAAGAAAUCGGCGUAACCAUCGUGGAUAAGAAACUUCAGCGGGAGAUAGGGGAGGUAGGGCUCGCAAACCGACUGGACGCAGAGAAGAAAGAGAAGCCACUGUCAUGAAAGAGCAUAAUUGUGAGUUUGCGGGGCUCUGAUGGCGUUUUACGAGAGUAGAGGGGGAGGUUCGGCGGGGUCGAGUUAGACAUAUGAUACCUUGUUUGUAGAUUCGAGUAUGGAUAGAAUUAAUCGACAAAAUUGAU